UGUCCAUCACUUCACUUCACUCCACCACUCCACACUCCACUCCACUACACCGGCGCAUCGGAGGAAGAAGAAGAAGCAGCAGCAGCUAGCGGUCAUGGGGGCGAAGAAGAGAGCUGUCCUCGCGAGCCUCCUGCUCGCCGCGCUGGCCACCCAGGCCUUCGUCGCUGUCUCGGCCAGGAGCGGCCCGACGGACAAGGCUACCCAAGAUGACGUGAAGAAGCCGGACUGCGUGCCGGCCGUCGACCCGCGCUCCUGGCCCGGCGGCCAUCCGGGGACCACCGUGCCGCUCCCCUCGCACGGAGGCUCCUCUGGGUCGUCGUCGCCGCCUUACCAUGGAGGCUCCGGCACGACGCCCUCGCACGGCGGCUCCUCCGGGUCGUCGCCGCCUUACCACGGCGGCUCCGGCUCGAUUCCUGACCCGUCGCACGGCGGGUACGGGACGCCGCCUUCGCACGGGAGCUCCGGCUCGAUCCCCGACCCGUCGCACGGCGGAGGAGGCUACGGGACCACCCCAGCUGCGCCGUGGCACGCCUCCCCGACGCCGUCCACUGGCAGCGGUGGCUACGGGAGCUCACCCACCACUCCGUCGCACGAUGGAGGAGCCUACGGCGGAUCUACACCGUCGCACAGCGGCGGCACGGCGACGCCCACACCGUUCGUCCCCGUCGACCCCAACAGCGCCGGGACAUGCGACUACUGGAGGUCGCACCCCAUGCAGAUCUGGUCGGCGCUGGGGAGCUGGCCGAGCUCCAUGAGCCACUUCUUCGGCGCGGCGGGAGGAGCCGCCGCCGGCGGGACGUCGUCGAACGUCAGCAUCCAGGACGCGCUGGCCAACACCAGGACCGACGGCGCCGGCGCGCUGCUGCGGGAGGGCGCCGCGGCGCUGCUCAACUCCAUGACCCGCUCGGGGUUCCCCUACACCACCGACCAGGUCAGGAGCGCCUUCGUGGCGGCGGCCUCCGGCGGCUCCGACAGCGCCGCGGCGACCCAGGCGGCGGCGUUCAAGAAGGCCAACGAGGGCAGCAAGGCGUAGAUGGAGAGCUCGCGCUUCUAGCUAGGACUUGUGUUGCAUGCGUGCAUGUGUUUGAUUACGCGGGACUUUGUGUUGCUUGAUUUGAUGGUCUGGUUGUGUUCGUGUUGGUGUUGGUGUAUUCGUGGGCUUGGAUCUAUCGUACGUACGUGUUGUAAUGACUCGUGUUUAAGUUUUUGCACUCUCGUACUGGUCUCAAUGAAUGAACUACUACA